UUCAUGCUUUCAGUGAACACAACGGGAGGAUGGGUUGAGAGAGGUGAUGAAUGGGAUGAUUGGAGAGAUCAGACACUACACAGACAGACGGCUGGAGAAAAAGGGAGGCGUUCGAUGGAGCAAAGACUGGCCGUGAUUUGACAUUUAAAAUCCCAGUCUGAUGAAUAAUAUCAACGAAUUGGCUAUUGUUCUUAUUUGAACUUAAUUCAGCAUAGCAUUUCAUAUUCGGCCUUAUUUGACCAGGCGUUGAAGAUGCCGGUAGCUGGUUUGGUCUGACUAGAGGAGACGAUGAAGCCAUGAGAAUGUACCAAGUCAUUCCGCGAAAACAGAUGGGAGAUGAAGCCAAUUCGACAUAAAUAAUAUUUUUCCCUGUAACUAAAAUGAGUUUAUUAUUGCUGCAGAUGUGUGCGUUUUGAUAAACUGUAGUAGGAUAGCUACUAGAGGAAUUUUGAUGGCACUUACGACGCCAGGGAUUGAGCAACUGAGUAACGUUACAUUUCGGAAUGUUGAACAGUCGGGCCUUUCAAAGUGAGAAGCAAGAAUGAAUGUUAAGCAUUUUUCUCGCCCGAGGAUAACUGCGGUGCACGCAGCUGGUCACAUUUUGAGAGCGGUGUCAUCUUUGGAGAGUAGCGAAAUGCAAGUCAACGGAGAGGGGCGCCGUGCGGAGCUGUAAUAGUAAUACCCAAAUCCGUCUAGAACCAAGUGGAUAUUUUAAGCAUUUUUUUUUCCGCAGACGAGAAGAUGGUGUGCUGCCAAUAUCAAUGCAAGCGGUCCCUAUUUUUCCUACCUUUUUAAGUGUAAAAAGGAGCUCGCGCUACUUUGGAAUUAAGAACCGUCAGUCAUGUAUGCGCGCCUCGGUAGCCAACGUUAGCGUAGCUGCUAUAUAUCCUCCGUGCUUUCGCUUCCCAUUGAGCAUGAUUGAAGAGUGCGUUUAAUUUAGCUAACGUCAACACCGAUGUUUUCGGUCAUCAUGAAUCCACCGACACGUUUGUUUGGGUGAACUUUGAACCAACACCCCAUAGCUUAGAACAGACUAGCAAGCCAUGUCGGCGUGAAGGGAACCGCACUGACUAUCUAGAAUCUCCUGUCAAGCCACAGACGUCAACAGCGCCGUGAAGAGCUGCUUAUUGGAGAGGAAAAACACAUUACCUAGAUUGUUCACUCCGCCUUUGGAGCCCUGCGCCCACGGACUGACUCCCUUCCCUUCGAUUUAACAACCAAGCAAAAUGGGAGAGCAACCUAUCUUCAGUACGAGGGCCCAUGUCUUCCAGAUCGACCCCACCACCAAGAAGAACUGGGUUCCCACCAGUAAACACGCCGUCACAGUCUCCUACUUCUACGACAGCACGCGCAACGUCUACCGCAUCAUCAGCCUCGACGGCUCCAAGGCAAUCAUCAACAGCACCAUCACCCCCAACAUGACCUUCACCAAGACCUCCCAGAAGUUUGGCCAGUGGGCCGACAGCCGAGCCAACACCGUCUACGGUCUAGGCUUCUCCUCAGAGAACAACCUGCUCAAGUUCGCAGAGAAGUUUGCUGAGUUUAAAGAGGCAGCUCGGUUAGCCAAGGAGAAAUCCCAGGAGAAGAUGGAACUCACCAGCACCCCAUCUCAGGUCGCUGCAGUAAAAAAGAAUGUGCUCCCAGUACUUCCCAAAGUACCUCCCAAAGUACCUGUAAGAAAGAAGGAGUCAGCCACUGGCGACCUGCAGUCACCUUUGACCCCGGAGAGCAUCAACGGCACUGAUGACGAGAGGGGCACCACCCCUGAAACUCCACAGUAUCUCCCCGAGCCCCGUGCCGAGCCAUCUCAGAACCAACUGCCCUUCUCUCACAGUUCGUCCAGUAUAAACAAGCACUGGGAGGCCGAGCUGGCAGCCCUGAAGGGCAACAAUGCCAAGCUGACAGCAGCUCUGCUGGAGUCCACAGCCAAUGUCAAACAGUGGAAACAACAACUGGCUGCUUAUCAGGAGGAGGCUGAGAGACUACAUACACGAGUGACAGAGCUGGAGUGUGUGAGUGGUCAGAUGACCGUCAUCAAAUCCCAGAAGACUGAGCUCAACCAGACGAUAGAAGAACUGGAGUCAGCAUUAAAGUCCAAGGAGGAGGAACUGGAGAGGCUGAAAGAGGAAGUGGAGAGUGCCAAUGAGUUCCAGACUCAAAAGGAAUCACUAACACAGAAACUACAGGAGACGGAGGAGAGGAACCAGACGUUGGAAGCUCAGCUGGUGGAGUUAGAGCAGCGUCUGGAGGGCAGUCAGCUGGAGAGAGAGGCCUUCAGGAAGAGUCUGCGCACCCUGCUGGAGCUGCUGGACGGGAAGAUCUUUGAGCUGACAGAGCUCAGAGACAGCCUGGCCAGACUCAUUGAGGGCAGCAGCAGCUAGAGGAGAGAAGUGCUACGACAGAGCUCCCUGGUGGAGCUUCACUACUCCUACACCAUCACCACCAUUAUAACAACACAGUGACGGGAGAAUAUUGCUAGUCAGUGCACAAAGGCACUGCACGAAAAUAUUCACUGUUAUUAUUACACAUAUAGUCAUUAUGCUACGCUCUACUGAAAACAUGCACAUUGAUAGUAAAUAGAUAGACUUGCUCGCUUGGAUUUAGUUUUGGCUAAUGUUCACAACGUGCAUAAUGCUGGUACACCUGUAUACUGUAUGCACAUACACUCACUUCACAGAGGUCCUGUUGAGGCUAUGCUUACACCCUGCCUUCCGUCUCUUCUCCCUCCCUCCCUGUGGAAUGUUAUUUACGCUCCGACUACAAACUGCUCAAAUAUCUACAGUGCAUUUGGAAAGUAAUCAGACCCCUUGACUUUUUCCACAUUUUGUUACAUUACAGCCUUAUUCUAAAAUGGAUUGUUGUUUUUUUUCCAUCAUCAAUCUACACGCAAUACCCCAUAAUGACAACGCAAAAAC